GCCACGAGCCACGUGCAGGGCGCUGCGCCGGGGGAGGCACUGGCACGUGCUGCGUGUGCCUGCCGCCCGGUUCAGCCGUGACUGUGUCCAGCAGUGCCAUACUAGUCUGGAGGGGGUUCAUGGCUGCUGCCACAGGGUCCUUGAUCUAGGAGCAGUCCCAGACCUGAUCCAAGAUGAUGCUUUGCAAACCAGGAUCCAGCUCUAACUGCCUCCCACCCCAGGGAAGUGUCCCUCCAAGUAAAGAUUGGAGGUGCAUUCACGGAGAAGAAAGCCAAAUAUUGCUACCAUUCACUCUGAGGAGAGGGGAACCAGCAGUCUCCCUGAAUAUCAACUAGGUCUUUCCCAACCACUCAUACUGUCCCUAGUCUGGGCAGGUUUGCAUCAUUAUCACCUCCCUGCCAGUGGGGUAAAAAAGGAGGGUGACAAGCAGUGGCUAACUCAGUCACACAGGAAUAGGACCCCAAGGUUUUGAUCAUAAGGUACUUUAACAUGACCAGCUUUGUACAUUUAACAUAAAAUAAUAAUUAAGGAUUCAAUAACCCAUAGUCCCCUCCUAUGUGGCAUUUUCACAUUACAUUUUUGGCACUGUACUUUGGCAGCGAUGCUUCACAAGAGCAUCUCAUUUUGCAACUCUAGCUUUCCUUUUCUUGCCACAGUGGGGUUGAGAAAUGAUUUCUAGUCCCUUAGUGAAACCCUGGGCACGAACUGCUGGCUGGGAGUAAGGGCUGUCUGUUAUGGUCUGGACCAAAGAGGAUCUUUUCCAAGAGCCAAUCGCUGCCAAGGAGGUGCGGCUUCCAUCCUUUUAGGAGCUGCGGGGAGAUUGCCGGGUGGGUGUCAGUUCUCUUCUAAGAUCACCAUGAUUUUCAUCCAGCACAUUUGGAAAAGCAUGCAACUCUUGUCUCUGAUGGCUGUAGUGUGGUGUGUCCUAACACCUCUGGCACGGGCCAGCAAGAGCUCUGAGGACAUCCGCUGCAAAUGCAUCUGCCCCCCUUACAGGAAUAUCAUUGGGCACAUUUACAACAGGAAUGUGUCACAGAAGGACUGCAACUGCCUGCAUGUGGUGGAGCCAAUGCCAGUGCCAGGCCGUGAUGUUGAAGCCUACUGCCUGCUGUGUGAGUGCAAGUAUGAGGAGCGCAGCACCACCACCAUCAAGGUUAUCAUCAUCAUCUACUUGUCAGUGGUCGGGGCACUGCUGCUCUACAUGGCCUUCCUCAUGCUGGUCGACCCGCUGAUCCGGAAGCCAGAUGCCUAUACCCAGCCCCUGCACAACGAGGAGGAGAAUGAGGAUGCACGCUCACUGGCAGCGGUACCUACUCCUUCUGGUGCCAGAGCCAACACGGUGCUGGAGAGGGUGGAAGGAGCCCAGCAGCGGUGGAAGCGGCAGGUGCAGGAGCAACGGAAGACAGUUUUCGACCGGCACAAGAUGCUGAGCUAGAGGAAGCUGAGCCCUCAGCACCAUUCGCCAGGGAUAGGUAGCUGCAGUGCAACUGGGCAGAGGCCAUAUAUCUUACCCAAUAGGAUGCCCUUGGUGUUUGGUUUGAAUUCCCCAUAUGCCCCCUCUCCAAUGUAUUGUUUCCCAUAAGCAAGCCUGAAGCCCCUUGACGUGACCCUCUCCCUUCACCCCCUCUUUACCUUCUCAGGCAAAGCUGCCUACGCUGACCACUGACCCUAGGGCUGCAUGAGAACAGUCUCAAAUCGAGUGCUGUUUAGGGACUGAACUUCUCCAAGGAAGGAAAUUCUACACUAAGACCAUAGCUCCCAGCAUGCUGUGGGAGCUGCAGCCUGAUCCCAGCAGCUAUGGUGUACCAUCACGUGCUGGGAACCGCAGGCUCUGCCAAUCGUACCCCUGCAUUAGAGAUACGGGAAAUGUGAAAGUCAGGUUUAGAAGGGCCAGGUCUGUGCUUGGCUCAGCAGCUGUCCCCCUGCUUGUACAGAAAAGAGCCAAUUCUGGGAAUCUGGGAGGAUUCUCCCUUGGCUCUAGCUCCGGCACAAAAACUGCAGCCUACAGAAUUCGAAGAAAAACUAUUUCAUGAAACUUAAAGUCAUUUGAUGGUGGCUGAGCCCAUUCCUGACUCACAGGAGAUACCUGCUUCAGUGUCUGGCUUCUGCCAAACCUCCUUACCUGCUGUGCUGUCAAACCAGUGACACCACAUGCCAGGGGCACACAAGCCUUUGAUGGCUGACAGAGACCCUGGCCUUAGCUGAGAUUCUCUGGCCCAGGGAACUCGAGUGAAAGCUUGCAUUUGUAAGUACUAUUUAAGACCAAAUAAACCAUGUGUGUAUAUGUAGGAGCAAGGAUGUGGCUUGCCCUCUGUUAGAGCUGGCUUCAAAUCAGAGGUGGGCUUAUUUAUUUUUAUCUGGUACCAUUUUCAUUGCUGAAUAUUUCUACUCGGCGACCCAUUAUGAAAAAUUCUGCCGUUAAAAACGGAGCGCGCCAGACGUUCUGCAGGUAUAAAUUAACAUCGUUCCAUUUAAGAUAGUCAAGCUACCUUCCUUUACGGCCACUCAAGAUCCCUGCUUUUUCCUAUAGAUGCUGUUUUGGACACAAACGGCAUGUUUCUCUUCUCUUUGGCACCAGUACCAAAAGCAUCAAUUCCACUGAUACCAGUGGCUUUGUACUGGUGUGAAUGGGAACAGAAUCUGAUCUUUUGUAUCAGCUGCCACUCUCCUUUGCUCUGGUGUAAAUCCAGAGUGAACUCAUUGACUACCAAAUGACACCAGCAAAACCAGGACCACAAUCUGGCCCAUAACCUUUCUGUGUAACUGAACUUCGUAAACGUAAUGGGUCUGUUAACAACUGAAGGAGGCCAAGGAACAAAGGAUCCUGAUCACCUUUUGAUCUGUGUUAGGAGUGUAUAGGGGCCUUAGAGCAGGAGUAAAUUCACUUAGACUUACUUUGAGACUUCUUUCCUCUCACGCUGCUGGGCACAAGAGCAUUAGUGCCCACUGGAGUCUAGGACAAAAGCUUUGCUGGCUGCACUGGCUCUGGAGCACACCUGUUCUCCAGGCCGCAGGACUCCUGAUGCAGGAAAGAUGCGUGUUAACACCUCAAAUGCAUUAGAAACACUGCCCUCUGAUGACA